AGCUGAUAAUUAUUUCCACUCUGCAAACCAUGCCGAGCAAACCUUCCGUAAGAUGGAGAACUACCUGCAGCAGAAGCAGCUGUGCGAUGUCCUUCUCCUUGCUGGAGACCACAAGAUCCCUGCUCACAGGCUGGUUCUGAGUGCCGUGUCUGAUUAUUUUGCGGCAAUGUUCACCAAUGAUGUCCGCGAAGCAAAACAAGAGGAAGUCAAAAUGGAAGGCGUAGACCCUGAUGCCCUGAAGGACCUUGUGCUCUAUGCCUACACAGGCAUGCUGGAGCUAAAAGAAGACACCAUUGAGAGCUUGUUGGCUGCGGCUUGUCUUCUCCAACUUUCACCAGUCAUUGAGGUCUGCUGCAAUUUUCUCAUGAAGCAACUUCAUCCUUCAAACUGCUUGGGAAUCCGGUCUUUUGGAGAUGCUCAAGGAUGCUCGAAACUCUUGCAAGUGGCCCAUGUCUACACUAUGGAACACUUCACCGAAGUCAUCAAGAACCAGGAGUUUCUGUUACUUCCUGCUGGUGAAAUUGCUAAGCUGCUUUCCAACGAUGACAUUAACGUCCCAGAUGAGGAAUCCAUCUUCAAGGCCUUAAUGAUAUGGGUUCAGCAUGAUUUAGACCAUCGGCAACAGGAGCUCGGAAUGCUUCUGUCUUACAUCAGGUUGCCCUUACUUUCCCCAGAGCUUUUAGCUGACCUGGAAAACAGCCCCAUGUUCACGACUAAUCUUCAGUGCCAGAAACUCUUAAUGGAAGCCAUGAAAUACCACCUAUUACCGGAAAGGAGAUCCAUGAUGCAAAGCCCACGGACAAAGCCCAGAAAAUCCACUGUUGGUUCACUUUAUGCUGUGGGAGGCAUGGAUGCCACUAAAGGCACCACCACCAUUGAGAAAUAUGACUUGAGAACCAACAGCUGGAUACAAAUUGGGACGAUGAGUGGAAGGCGGCUGCAGUUUGGAGUUGCUGUGAUCGACAACAAACUCUACGUGGUGGGAGGAAGGGAUGGCUUGAGGACAUCCAAUACCGUUGAAUGUUUCAACCCGAUAACUAAAGCCUGGACUGUGAUGCCCCCUAUGUCAACCCAUAGGCAUGGCUUAGGGGUGGCAAUGCUUGAAGGACCCAUGUAUGCUGUUGGGGGCCAUGAUGGAUGGAGUUACCUAAACACAGUUGAACGAUGGGACCCCCAGGCUCGGCAGUGGAAUUAUGUGGCAAGCAUGUCAACUCCAAGGAGUACUGUGGGAGUUGCAGCUUUGAAUAGCAAGUUGUAUGCAGUUGGAGGGCGUGAUGGAAGCUCCUGCUUGAAAUCCAUGGAGUGCUUUGAUCCCCACACGAACAAAUGGAGCAUCUGCAACCCAAUGUCCAAAAGACGCGGAGGAGUCGGUGUGGCAACCUACAAUGGGUUUCUCUAUGCCGUGGGAGGCCACGAUGCCCCUGCUUCAAAUCACUGUUCUCGGCUCUCUGAUUGCGUAGAAAGGUAUGAUCCCAAAACUGACAAUUGGACCACUGUCGCACCUUUGAGUGUUCCUCGCGAUGCUGUUGGGAUUUGUACGCUUGGAGAUAGAUUGUACGCUGUCGGGGGCUACGAUGGACACACCUAUUUGAACACAGUAGAAUCUUACGAUGCACAAAACAAUGAAUGGACAGAGGAAGUGCCAGUCAAUGUCGGAAGAGCUGGUGCCUGUGUCGUAGUGGUGAAACUUCCAUGAUGAGCGUCUUCAGCUGUGAGUAUAUAGCCAAGCAAAAGCUCCUUCGAGAAACCCUCACCGAAGGGAAGAACUUAUAUCCUUGAACAGAAAGACUUUUCAUGCUGCUUUUCAUUUCAGAAGAAGCAACAGGGCUGCGUUAAUGGGAAACCAAAGUAUGGGAAGAACGAUUUCUUACAUUCCAAAGAUGGGCCCUGCAGGGCUUCCAUCAUCUAUGGUGAUAGGCACCUCAGUUCAGAGGGCAGUGCUGGGGACAUCAUGUGCUUUUAUUUCAUUCUUUAAAAAAAAAAAAGAGAGAGAGAGAACAAGACGUACCUGAAGAUAAUCCCAUUUCUGUGUUGGGCACAGCCAGUGUGCUAUAUACGACACGAGCAGCAUACCUUCUACUUGGCAUGAAGAAACAGGCAGAUGGCCAGUUUGCAUCCUGAACUUUGAACCCCUCAUUGCUGGAAAAUUUGUUCUAGACAGGCUGGAUGUUGGCACCCUUUGAUUUUUCCACAAUGCCACCGAUCUUGAGACACGAUUGGGCAUUGUGGAGAAUGAAAAGAGAUGAUGAAAUGCAGAUGAUUCGGCAUCUGUUCAUCACAGCAAGGCAGGUUCACUGAUGGAUCGAGAACCAUUAGAAGAUUCUUUGACCUGGACUUAUUUUUUAGGUUUUGAUGGCAACCCUCCUCUCUGGAGUCCUGAGACCAGAUCAGAACUGAAGGCUCGUGAAAUUUCUUAUGACUGGAUG